UGGUGGUGGUGGUAGUUGCGGUGGUUGAGGCAGGCGGCGAGAGGAAAGCGAAACAACAGCACACACACAAGUUAGCGGCUGCCUGACUGCCCGUGUGUGUGUGCCUGGCUGGGCCGCACUUAGAACUCGGCGAAAUCCCGGAGUACCCAUAAAGCCUUGCGCUCACCGCGAAGCAGGAAAAAAAACAAAAUGGCACUUGCACGAAACAGUGUUUCUCGGAGGGGCUCUAAAAACGAUGCAGAAAAGGAAGAAGAUGAGGCUGAAAACAAUGGAUAUAUUCAAGUUUUUGUGAAACCUUUAGAACAAGGCAGCUAUGGUUAUUUAUUAAAAUUAUUAGGUGUCAGCAAAGCAAAUUUCUCUGCUCAACAGCUCGGAGUGUGUUACGGAGCUACUGCCAUAGCUAGCGCUGUGUUGUUGUAUCAGCUCUUACGCUGUGAUGUGGGAAUCCUCUUCCAGAGGUUAUGUUCGCUUCUCGUGCCCAUGUUUAGCAUUCUGUGUGCUUUUUAUUGGUUGUCUUUGUAUUUUCGACGAACGUGGAGCAAUACGAGUGUGUAUUUGUUAUUCUGUUCUUGUUACGUGGGCGAGUUUUUUGCUCAAAUCUUUCUUCGAGAUUGGGGCGAAGGUUCCACUUCACAACCUGCAGAAGGGGGAGGGGCAGGUGAAGGUGGCACAGUUGCAUCUUCAAUUGUAUUAUCAAACCAUACAACUCAGCCUCUAGUCAUAGUCUGUGUGUUACUGUCCAUAAGCAUAGCUAGUGUCUUUUCAAGUUUAGAAACUAGCCAUAGUGCAGGUGUAAUUUUGCUUGUAAGCUUUACAAGAUUUCUAGCCUGCUCGGCGUUGCAAGAUAUUCCAUUUGGCUUGCGACCUUUCGUUGCCUACACAUGUGGAUUCGCUGGGAAUGUGGUGGCUAAAUACAUGGAGACCGUUCUCAAACCUCCGAUUCAAAACUUCACAACACCAGAUGGAAAAAUACCAGUUAUUAAACGCAGGAGAUCGAGUUCUUCAAGUGCGCAUGCAUUCUCUGCGCACCGAUCGGCACGGCGGACAUCUCUGCCGGCGCUCAUUCAGAAAAGUCAG